GAAAAGAAAAAAGAAAGGAAGCAAUAUAGGACUCUCUGGUCAAUGGUCAAACCCCGGGCAGUGAGGAGGAGUCCUCGCCAACCUCUGCACCUUCUGCUUCAAUCCAAUUCAGUUCCUCACUCUCCUCAAACGCCUCAGAGCCUUCGCCACCGCCCUGAACUCCGACGACCGCCCACGUGUCACACAACCUCUCCUAUUAUUUCCCUCUAAAACCCUCCCAACCCCUUUCACCUAUAUUUUUCGCCUCUCCCUUUUUUUUUUUUUUCCUUCAAAAUUUUCUAUGUGACGAAGAAGCUAGGGCGUAGACAUGGCCGGGGACGCAGCUGCGGUGCGGAGCUCGGCCGUUGGUGCUUGGAUUCCGGCGGACGAUGUUUUGCUCAAGAACGCUGUUGAGGCGGGUGCUUCCUUGGAAUCACUUGCUAAAGGUGCGGUUCAUUUUUCUCGAAGGUUUACUGUGCAAGAACUGCAAGAUCGGUGGUACUCUAUCCUAUACGAUCCCGUUGUGGCUGAAGAGGCUUCUGCUCGCAUGACUGAGUUUGAGUGUUCCGCUCCAAAUUCCACAUCAAAGUUUAGUAGGUUAGGAAGUUCAAAAGAAAACAAAUGUGUUCCUGGAAAGAGAAAAGCUGAAAGUGUUCGGAGUAGUUACUAUGCUCUGCGUAAAAGGAUCUGCAGUGAGCCAUUUGACCCCAUGGACCUCAAUUUUAUACUUGCACCCAGUGAUAGCAACUAUAUUGUAAAUGGAGAUGAGCCUCUAUCUCAACAUGUCAUGACUGGAGAUCCAAUCCCAAACCAUUUUGGAGUUGAGGGAUCAGAUAUGGACAAUACUAUGCAUCAUAUGUUUCCACAAAAUCUGAUGCAUGACAGCACUGCUAUUGGUGGUAUUGUUACUGUGGAUACCUUUCAGAUUGGAGGGUUCCAGAAGCCUGCUGAAGAAGAUUUUUUAGUUGAGCAAGAUAAUCUACGUGAAGAAUCUCCUUACAUUGAAGACAAUCUGCCUAUCACAGGGAAUGAAUCUGAGGUCAAGGAAUUUGGUCAACCAAAGGAAUUGCCGGAUUGCAGCAUGUUCAGUGCUGGUGAUCUAGGAAUGGAACCUCCUUGUUCACUUGAUCAAAUUAAUAAUGACGAGGUAAAUAUGUGUUCCCCAUUUGAAGGGAAUCAGGUUUUUAAUGUAUCUGCUUCAGACAGUAGUGCAUCAUUUCACGACUUGGAGUAUUCAACUCAACUUCCUGGCACACAUAUCUGGAGCACAAUUCCAGCAACAACUACGCCAGUUGAUGUUGGUAUCAGAGAGAAUGAUACGUGUACCAGAGAUUCUUUUGAACUUCUUGACGAUAUUGGUGCUAAUAACACUACAAUAUCAGGGUAUGAUAUUGACUUGAGGACGGAAAUGGCAGUCAGUGAUUUCAAGAGUCCAGCUAGUACUGAAGUUUAUUUGGCAGAAUUGUCCAAUUCCCUUUUGAACUUUACAAGUGAGGAGGAACUUAUGUUCAAAGAUGAGAUCGAUAAGUCUUACUAUGAUGGCCUGAGCUCACUUUUGAUGAGUUCGCCAAAGGAUGAUGUUGAAGAACACAUGAUUAAUCUAAUUGAGCCAGAGACAUUGAUGGCUCCUGUUAUGUACCCUAUGAAUCCCUCUGGUACAGAUCCUGCAGUCGCAGAUGACAUAAGGGUGUCCCUCCCUGGUGAUGAUAUGAAUUGCCAUCCAGAGACGCUGAUGCAAUCAUUUCCAACAGCUUUGAACUCUCAGUUUCCCGAAUAUAAAGAUGGAGUUAUCUGUUGCACGUUAAAUACUGAGGAAUGGGAAAUUCCAUGCAACGAUGACGUGUUUCUUCUCAAUCAUAUGCCAUUGUCAUCAACUUCCUGUAAAGUAAAAGAAGCCAGUAAGCCAAAGUCGAAAUGUUCAUCUGUUAAGGAUCUCGCAGUUAAUCAAAGAAACGGUGAUAUGGGCCCCUGCUUUAUGCAAAAAGAACAAAGGAAUCCUGGAAAAUCUCUUGGAUCUCAGAGUAAAGGAUCACGCUGUAUACCAGAAGUGAGUUCAAAAUCACCUCUGUGUAAUUUUGAGUUGUCCAAGACUGACCCCGUUGAUGUGGCUUCUACGAGUACAUGUCAUGUCAGUGGUAAUCGGGGUCAAAUUGAUUCGGCUAAAGCAAUCACAAAUCCUCUUCCUGGAAUUUUGAAGGAAGACACUAGAGAUGGUACAUUGACAAUGUGUCUUGGGUAUGCCUCAACAGAGUCUCAUAUGGCAAACUCAUGUGUUGAUUACGAUUGCGUUAGAAGCUAUCCUCAGCCAUAUGCUACUGAGACUAAUUGGGAAUCUGAUGCAUCCGCUACAAUUAGAGAUCAUCAAUCAUUACAUGCAGAAGUUGUGCCAAUGGAUAAUGCUGUCUCAGAACCAGAAGUAAACCCAGUGACAUCAGAUUUUGAGGGUCUUUUCGAUAGUGAUGAUGAUAUACCAUGUUAUUCGGAUAUAGAGGCAAUGAUACUUGACAUGGAUUUGGAUCCAGAUGACCAAGAAAUGUAUCAUGGUGAGGAAGUCUCAAGAUAUCAGGAUGACAACACUAGGAGAGCAAUCAUGAGACUGGAGCAGGGUGCUUAUUCGUACAUGCAAAGAGCCAUUGCAUCUCACGGAGCAUUUGCCAUUUUGUAUGGGCGUCAUUCUAAGCAUUAUAUUAAGAAGCCUGAGGUGUUACUGGGUAGGACAACAAAAGAUGUUAUUGUUGACAUUGACUUGGCAAGAGAAGGGCGUGGUAAUAAAGUCUCUCGGCAACAGGCAGUAUUAAAGAUGGAAAAAGAUGGAUCUUUCCAUCUCAAAAAUCUUGGGAGUUGUUCAAUCUCAGUAAAUAGCACAGAAUUAACCCCUGGACAGAGUCUAUGCCUUAGUUCCAGUUGCUUGAUUGAGAUAAGGGGAAUGCCGUUCAUAUUUGAGAUGAACCAAACUCGUGUAAAGCAAUAUCUAGAUAGCAUAACUCAAGGUUAGCAGAAGGCAAGAGCACAAUCUACGUAGGGCGAUGAAGGUGCCAUGAAGGCGCUAAUUUUUCUGCACCUUCUGGGUUCCCUAGUUAACCUAUUUUUUUUCUCUGUUGAAUGUAACUAGAAAUGAUUAGGUUUUUCUUUUUACCUCCUUGUAACAAAAAAGAAGACGACUAUUGAAGGCGGGAUUGCAAUCUAAGAAGCCAUUUUUGUUUCUCA